UCUAUAAAGCUGGACAUCAGUCAGUCAGUGUCUAUCCAUCAAACAGCCGUCUGGUUGGUUGGAUACUGACAGGAAAAGCUAUGGGUUUUUGGGGACUACUGUCUGUAAUUUUGCUGGUCCAGGAUGCUGCAGAGUCGUUUGUGCCCCAGGCUCGGAGCUCUAUUGUGGGGGGAAAGGAUGCUCAAAAGGGCAGAUGGCCGUGGAUAGUCUACCUUUUAAUCACGGAUGAUACAGGCUUCUUUAGCUGUGGCGGAUCCCUCCUUACUGAGGAAUGGGUGCUCACCGCUGCACACUGUGUUGACCCUCACCCACAGUACCAGCGUUUGGCCCAGCUGCACAACAUCGCUUUGGUGAAGAUGAGUGAAAAGGUGUCCUUUUCCUCCCUGGUGAAGCCCAUGCCCCUGCCCAAACCGAGUGAUGCCUUUCGCCCAAGGUUGAAGUGCUUCGUCGCUGGCUGGGGCGAAGUCGGGAACAAUGUGGAAUUGUCUGGUAAUAGGACCCUCCAGGAGCUGGAGUUGUCCAUCGUGAAAAAGAGCACCUGUAAGAAAGAUUUUCCGGGCCUCACUGACAACAUGCUGUGUGCUGGCUCCAUGAAAGAAGGGAAAUACUCCUGUCAGGGGGACUCUGGUGGGCCGUUGAUUUGUCGCUCAUCUGGUGUGUUGGUCCAGGUGGGAAUCGUGAGUUUUGGGCAUAUCAAUGGCUGUGCUUUGAAAGACUUCCCUGUAGUCUACACCCGUGUGAUCCCCUACAUGGACUUCAUCCGCGAGACUAUAACCUCAGACUGACAGGCUUCUGCUGAGUCCUAGGUCACCAUGAAACACUGUCUGUUUACAGUCCAUAUCCGCCUCUCGCUCUGUCUUCCCUUUCUCUUCAGUUCCCUUUUGAGCCAAAGUCCUUACUUGAGAAGGAAGUGAUUUAAAAUGACAAGAUAUUGGUAUUGAUUGUGAAUUACUUUGUGGUUGUAUUCUUUACCAGACCUUUAAAUUAUUUUCAAAUAUAUUUAGAAGUAUUUAGUCAACUCUUCCUUGAAAAUACAAGAUGUUGAAUCUGUAUUUGAAAUGUUUAUUUGAAAUAUUUAAGUACUCUAUGCAUUUGAAACCAGAUCUGUUUGAACACAGGGGUAUUUGUAAAUGAUUUGGAAACAAGUAAUUUAAAAUAGUUUAAAAUAUAAUGUAUAGAAAAUUAUUAGAAAAUAUACAGAAAAUACAUAUUUAAAAUAUAAAUACUUUAAUGAACAUGUAUUUGAACCCAGGUCUGUUGUAAAAAAAAGAAAUGUUCAAUGAUUUACUGGCUAUGUCCUUUUCAAUAGUAGCUCCUUAGUAAACUGCAAGCAUCAACC